AUGCUGCUCGAACGGGCAUGGCUAGCUUUGCUUGGACUGGGGGCAUACCUCGUCCUACGAAGUAUCUACCGUCUUUUCUUCCACCCUUUGCGGAAAAUCCCUGGUCCUAGGCUGGUGGCGAUUACCCAUGGUGUUGAGUUUUAUUACAAUUGCGUGCUAGAUGGGAGGUAUAUUUUCGAGAUUGAAAAAAUGCACCAGAGAUAUGGUCCAAUUGUUCGCAUCAACCCUAAUGAAGUGCACAUCAUCGAUCCUCUCUUCUACGACGAGAUUUACGCACCCAGUAGCCGACGACGGGAUAAGGACGUGAGAGUCACUAAAGCCACCGGAGUCGAAGGUUCAAUGAUUGCAACUGCAUCGCACGACCAUCACCGUAUCCGCCGAGCCAUUCUGAGUGAAUUUUUCUCUCGGCGCUCAAUUCUCAACAUGACUCCAAUCAUUGACGAAUACCUACAGAAGCUUGGCAAUCGCUUAGGCCAGCUCCACGAUAGCAAGACAGUUGUCCGUCUGGAUAACGCCCUGAACGCGUUUACCUCUGAUAUCAUCACUGAAUAUUGCUAUGGGAAAAGUUGGGGGUUCCUGGAAGACGAACACUUCAAGAGUGAUACUCGCGGUGCUCUUCUGGAGACGGCAAAUACUCUACACAUCGGUCAAUUUGCACCGUGGCUUAUCAUACUCCUCCGUAAAAUACCCAUUCACCUACUCCGUCGUAUGCAGCCUGGGAAAGCGACUAUCUUCGAGGCUAUGGAGGCUGUAUAUGACCAAGCAGUCUCGUCCUUUAACGUUCGUCCCGGGCAUUCAUCGGCGGAAACGAAAAUGAAUGAGAAGCGAAACAUGUUUGAUAAUCUUGUUGAUCCUGCUGUCUCAGCUUCGGAACGAACACUUGAUCGACUUCAGGAGGAAGGCCUCGUUGUCCUGGGCGCGGGGACGGAAACAGUGGCUCACACACUGACCAUAUCGAUAUUCUAUCUUUCGAAGAAUCAGGAGAUCUUGCAACGACUACGCACCGAGCUAAAACAAGUGCUACCGACACCGUGUAGCAACGCAAGCCUUUUGGAAUUAGAGAAACUACCUUAUCUAACGGCAGUUAUAUACGAAACUCUACGUCUAGCCUAUGGUCCCAUCACUCGCAUGCCUCGGGUUGCACCCACUGAAACUUUGAGAUAUGGGGACCAUGUUAUUCCUCCCGGAACCCCAAUGUCUGCUAUUACCUACUUCAUUCAUCGCGAUCCAACUCUCUUCCCCAAUCCGGACAAAUUUGAUCCCGAGAGGUGGCUUCAGGGUAGUCAGAGUGAGGACCUGAAACGGUAUAUCGUCAAUUUCACUAAAGGAAGCAGAGGUUGUCUGGGAAUUACAUUGGCGUAUGCGGAGAUUUAUAAGGCUAUUGCUGGACUUGCACGUCGUUUUGAUUUCGAACUGCACGAUACAACGAUGGAGGAUUUGAAGAUUGUUGGAGAAAGAGUUUUUGCAAUCACGAGACGCGGUCAGACUCAGGUGUAUGUGACAGUCUCUGAUUUGGCCAAGAUGUGA